CUUCUGUGCUCUGUCACCAGGGAGCGAGGUGUUUGGUUGGGUCUGAGUGACAUGGACUCCCCAGGGAAGCUGCAUUGGGUAAAUGGAUCAGAGGUGGAGGAGAACUCUCCAUCUCGCCCUGACAUCUCUCCUGGAAACGCCUGUGUGUCCCUGGAUCAGGACAGUCAGAUCAGCUCCCACCUUUGCAGCUCCAAGCGGGUGUACAUGUGCCAGUACACCCUCCCAGUUCGUGUUCAAGAUGGGGGAGUUUUCAUUCUGGGAAUGCCAGUGUUUCCUACACACAGUCCUUUGCACCUUGCCUCAGCCAUUUUAUCUUCGGCUCCACAACCCCCUAAGAGUGCAAUAGAGAUGCUCCUGUUUCCAGCGCUAAGUUUCCUUCAGGAGGGGCGUCUGUCUUCGCUGGAGUUUGUCACCCAGGAGCUCAGCUCCCAGGUGCAAGUACGAUUGCAGAUCUUUAGACCUCACUGCCCCCACCAGAAACAACACCUGCUGCUGCCUGGUUGUGGGGGUCUAGUCUGCGCUCCUGUUGCAGUUUGUGUCCCAGAUGACAGAUCAAACGAUGAUCCCCCCUCCUGCCCACGUCUGGAGCAGUGGUGUCCCUUCCUCAGCAGCUGUCAGCCCCUAUCAAGCCCAUGCCAUCCUUCCUCCUGCCAAAACUGCACCCAUGCCCAUUACCUCCCCCCUGGAAUGUGGCGCCCGCUGUACAUCCUGCAGAAUGAGGUGGAGCUCCGUCUGCCCAUUGGACCGUCUGCACACAUUCUGGACCUCCUGGUUUCUGGCGGGGAUGUGAUCGCCCUGCAGCAUGACGGUGGCCCCUCCUCUCUGCUUCAGUGUCAGUCAUCUGCUCAGUCUCCAUGGGGACAGCCUAUUCUAGCCCUUAACAUGUCCAAGUGGUUCUGGACCAACAACACCAGACAGUCUGCAGAUUCUUCAACAAACCCGCUACCUGACCCGGAGCUGGACUUGGAGGCUUUGCUGCAGGAUGGAGUGGGCGGAUGGCUGGAGGAGGCAGUGUGUUCAAUCAGAAUACUUUAUGUGGGACACAGUAAGACACAACUGCAUGGCGUGCAGCUAUCCGCCGGCCUGCCCCAACCCGGACUUUACAGCCUGCUGGUGAGCUCCACUGGAGCAUCAUACCCGGCUUCAGCAUCAUGCUUGCUGCAGGUGCUGCCUCCUCUUGCCCUCACAGUCCUCCACCCCCCUUCACAAAAUGGAUCCAUCUUCCUGCAGCCCAGCAGCACCCGGCUCCUCCUCCGCGUUCAGUCUCGAUAUGCAACAACCGCGUCACGCCGUGGCAGCAAUCACAGUGUGAGAUUCCAGUCUGAAUGUCCAUCUGAGUUUGCAUUUACCACCCUUUGCCAACCUGUGUCCAGCUCUGAGUCUGGCCUUCCAGGCUCAGACCCCAGCCUGUUUGCGGUUCUUGAUCUAAAUCUGGCAGCGGAGGAGCAGAAGGGCUCAGUCCAGGUGGAGCUCCUGGCUCACAGUGAGGUGACAGAAGCCAGUCUGGUGGUACUGAUUCAGUUGGAAGUGCCCCUCCAGGGGCUGCAGGUGGAGCCGCCCCCAGUUCACCGGGUGCUGAUGGAGUCGGUUGUGAGCUACACUGCUUCAGUGACUGAAGGCUCCAACCCCACCUUCAAGUGGACUGUGGAUGACAAGCCCUACUUCACCUACUACAAUUCUGUCCUGAAUGUCAUCUACCAACACGCUGCCACCUACAAGCUGACGGUGACUGCCUCAAACCACGUCAGCACCCUCACAGAGCACUUCAACGUCACUGUAGACAGGCUGCAGCCCAUGGCCGACCUCACUGUCUCUGGUGUGCCUGAUGUAGUUCCUCAGGGCUCCAACCAGACUCUCACCACGUCUGUGCUGGUGGACAUGACUGUGGCAGCCACAUUUCGAUGGUCCUAUGGUGACGGCGGAUAUGAAGAGUUUGAGUUUGAGCCCCCGUAUCCUCCAUCCCUCCUCUGUCCAGACUCCCCCAAUCAAGUCCUCCUGAGCAAAAAUAUCACCUAUAUCUAUUCUCAGCCAGGAAUAUACACUGCCCAGGUGUCCGUGUCAAAUCGUUAUGAGAACAUCAGUCAGACUAUCAACAUGAGUGUCUACAGCAUCCUGACCCGAGUGGAUUUGCAGACAGAGCCGCAGCUCCUCCUUGUGGGAAAGUCGGCUGAUUUUGAGGCUCAUCCUCUGCCUUCGCCAUACGGCAUUCACUACACGUGGCAUUUUGGAGACGGUUCUGCCCUGCAGACAGGCCGCCGGGUGGCACACACCUUCAAGAAAAGCGGCCCCUUCCGCGUCUGUGUGUCGGUUAACAACACCAUCAGCUCCAAUGAGGCCUGUGCUAAGAUGUUUGUGUACGAGGAGAUUGAAGACCUGACAGCUCAGAGCUCUUCCCCCACGGAGCUCAACACUUUCACUGAAGUGUCAGCUCGUCUGGGUUCUGGGAAUAACAUCACAUGGUCAUUUUCCAUGGGUGACGGCUCUAUUUACACAAUGUCGGAAAGCCAUAUGAGGCACAAAUACAUGAAAGAGGGCAACUACACGGUGAACGUGACAGCCAUUAAUGCUGUAAGCUCUGGCUGGACCAUCCUCCAGGUCCAUGUGUUUGUCUUCCAGGUCAUAAGGAUGGAGCCCUCCGGAUGUGUUCAAGAGCGGACGGCUGUCAACUUUCAAGCAUGGAUUUCUGGAAAUGCAUCAGUGCAUCUUCAUCAAUGGAGCUUUGGGGAUGGAAGCCUCAAUGAGACUCACCAAGGACUUCCAAGGGUGUCGCACACCUAUCAGAGGAGCGGCACCUAUCACCUCUCCCUUCUACUUUCCAGUGGAGUCAACCAGGCCACUAAGGCAAACUUCUUCAACUGGGUGUGUGUGCAGCCAGUUCUGACAAAGAUAAGCUUUAACCCAGAGAAAUCCUACUACGCUGUUGGGGAGGAAAUAGUCUUCCAAGCUAAAGCAGAGCCUGAGUUUAACUACAGCUACAAGUGGGACUUUGGCAAAGGAGAAGACCUUGUGGCUCAUGGGUCUUCAAAAGCUGUGACAGUUUAUAAAGAAAUAGGUUCCUACAUUGUGACUGUGUACAUUUUCAAUAACAUCUCUGCCAGCAACAGCAGCUCUGUCAUCAAGGUUUUCAUGCCCAUUGGACCCAUUUUUGUUCAGCAUAACGGCACCAAGUCCAAUAACCUAACACUAGGAGAUGUGUACUCUUUUAGGACUUCUUCUUUGGCCACCAAUGUCACAUACACCUGGAAUUUUGGAGACGGACAGAUACUGACAGGCCAGAACGUUCUUCAUGUCUACAAUACUUCUGGGAACUUCAAUAUUACACUGAAAGCAAAUAAUAUAGUGAGUGAGAAUGACACUAUUCUUCCUGUUGCUGUGCUUGCUCCAGUCCGUGGGUUGACCAUAAAUGCCAGCUCGGUUAAUGUACCUCUGAAUGCCUCAGUGGACUUUGAGGCCCAUGUGGAGCAGGGGGACAGACUCCGGUAUUCAUGGAUACUUUGUGAUCACUGCACCUCAAUCCCAGGAGCCAGCACCAUGUUCUACACCUUCCGCUCUGUUGGGACUUUCAACAUCAUAGUAACAGCAGAGAAUGAUGUGGCAUCAGAGCAGGCCAGCAUUGUUCUGUUUGUUCAGCGUGAGCUGGAGGGACUGCAAAUUAUAAGAGAAGAAAUCAAGGAAGGCAGCGACUGGAACCGUUGGUGUUAUGCUACUAAUCGUGUUCUUCACCUCCAAGCAGGGUUAAAGGAGGGAACCAACAUGACUUUUCUUUGGCAAAUCACCAAGGAGCAAAACUCGUGGAACGAAAGUGGGAAGACAGUGGAGCUGAACUUCUCCUAUCCAGGUCCAUGCGAUGUUGUCCUGUGGGCGGCCAACCGCCUCGGCCAGCUGUCCACCAAUAGAACCAUCCACUUCAUUGAGCCAGCUGGAGGCGUAUCUCUGCACAUCAACACAAACCCAGUUGCUGUUGGGGCUUUAACAAACCUGACAGCACUGGUUAAACAAGGUUCAGAGCUCCAGUAUCGCUGGUCCAAGGAAGACUGUGACCUGCAAUGGACCAAGCCCAGCUUGACCCUCAGCUUCAACAGACCUGGAUAUGAGCAAGUCACAGUUGAGGUCUUUAAUGAAGUCAGCUCGGAAGUUGUGUCAGUGGUUGUCCAUGUCAGGGAUCUCAUUUCUGGGUUGAAUUUUACUGCCACCAAUGUGACUGAGCAGGGUUUUGCAAUGACAGGUGUCAGCGUCUCCCUGCAGGGGAAAGUUGAGAAAGGAACCAGUGUGGAGUGGACGUGGCUUUUGGAUGGAAAAGUCAUGACAACAGGGUGGCAGACAUCCGUAACCUUCCAUGAGCCAAAGUCAGUCAUCAUUACUUUGAGUGCAGCCAACAUCAUCAGUAGACAAGUGGUUUCUCGAGAGUUCAUUGUUCAGGACAAGAUUCAGGGUUUGGCGCUGAAGGCUAGCAAGAAGCUGGCAGCAAUCAAUGAGAGGGUGGAGUUUAACAUUUCCAUGACUUCAGGCACAGACGUUCAGCUGAUCUUCAGUGUGGGUGGAGAAGCCAAGGUCAUUCCUUUCACCUACACCCACGUCUUCACCAGGGUGGAGACGUACAUGGUGAACAUCACUGCUCUCAACAAGGUGAGCUCUGACUGGCUGAAGUUCCAGGUGGAGGUGAUGGAGCCAGUGAAUGGGCUUGCUAUCGAAGGACUCUGCAAGGCAAUUCCUGUAGGUGUGAAGAAGUGGUUUGUGGCCAGCGUCAUAAAGGGCAAACCGGUCAGCUUCAUCUGGAAUUUCGAUCUGAACCAUCACAAGGCAUCGCGCUGGGGCAAAGAGGCACACUACACUCCUGAAGAGCCAGGUUCAUUGACCAUCCAUCUGAGGGGCUUCAACAACCUUAAGGGUCAGAACAUAACCAAACACAUUCAAGUUCAACACCUUCUGAGGACGGCCAGCCUUCACGCUGAACCACGCCACACUUUCAUCAACAAGACAGUGAACCUGAGUGCCUCUGUUACACCUAAAUCCAGCCAAAUGAAGUGCUCGUGGGACUUUGGUGACGGCUCCACGCCGGCUUACACCGAUGGCACAUCAGUGGUUUACGUGUAUAGAGAGCAGGGACACUACCUGGUCCAGGUUAACUGCAGCAACCUGGUGAGUUGGGUUCUGGCCCAUGUGGAGGUAAACAUCACUGUGCUGGAGUGCGAAGAGCCAGAGGUGCAGAUAGCGCAGACGCGCUUGGUCAUAUGGCGCUCCCAGCCCAUCGUGGUGGAGGCCAACGUGGACUUGAAAGGCUGCAUUCGUUACGGGCCGCAGUAUCUGUGGCAGCUUUUUCAGACGUCCUCCUGUAAAGGUGGGGUAAUGAAAGGGGAGCCCCUGACCCCCGGCUCAAGCAGAGAGGUUUACCUGCCGGCAGAGGUGGAUGUGCAGCAAUUGCAGCUGUCCCUACCAAAGAUGACUCUGAUGGCUGGAAACUACAGUUUAGUGUUUUCUCUGUCCUAUGAAGGCGUGCCGCUGAAGAAGGCCGCCUGCCUGCAGCUAAGCGUCAAGGCCGCCAAAUUGAAGCCCAUCAUAGAAGGAGGGACAUACAGGGUUUGGUCCCGGACACAGGACCUGCAGCUCAGCGCUGAGCAGUCCUACGACCCCAACAUGGACCCAGACAGCCAGUCCCUGCUCCACUACCACUGGGAAUGCCAAAGUACCUCAAAGGGGCCAGAGCACUGCUCCACUCUGAACUUUGGCCUGGGUUCCAGCGGUCCUGUGCUGGGAAUCUCUGGCUCAGAGCUGGAGGCUGGUGUGGAAUACACCUUCAAACUGACUAUAAGCAAAGAUGGUGUGGCGCCAGAGUCCAGCACGCAGACCGUGCUUGUGCAGAAUGGCGACAUUCCCACCGUGUAUUUGGAGUGUGUGUCUUGUAAGGCUCAGUCCAUUUAUGAGGUCAGCCAGAACUCCUACGUCUACCUAAAGGGAAUCUGCUCAAACUGUGGGGGCUUCCACCACGGGCGCUGGAGCGCCGUGACGCUGCACAACGAGACUCUGGUCCUGGACUCGUCCUCCACCACCACUGGCAGUGACGGCAUGAACCUGGUACUGCGCCAGGGGGUCCUAAGAGACGGGGACUCCUACGUCUUCACCCUGCAUGUGACUGACAGCAGUCUGGAUGGGGAGGGGGCUGCCUCCAUUAUGCUGCACUACAACUUGCCCCCUGAGGGGGGAGAGUGUCACCUGAGAGGGGGAGGGGAGUCGGGGGUGCUGUAUGGGGAUGGGACCACUGACGGGUGGAGGAUUCGGACUCUGCAAGACCGGGUCCACUUCAACUGCUCAGGUUACAGAGACCUGGGUGUGUCUGAGACCCCCUUCCUGUACAGCCUGCUGGUUACGCGCUGCAGAGAGGAAUAUUGCGAGGACUUCUGCGUCUACAAAGGCAGCAAUCAGGAACACUCCGCCUUCCUGCCCCCGGGCUUCAGCUCAGCCCAACACCGCGUGGCUGUGUCCAUUACAGUGGAGGACCACCAGGGGGCCGCCAACACUGCGCUGAAUAAGACCAUAGAGGUGUGGCUGCCUGAACCCCCUCCUGAGUACACCAGUCUCCCUCACUGGCUGUCUGAGCUGACGGACAGCCAGCUUAAGAAGCUGCUGGAGCAGGGAGACUCACAGAAGGUCAGAGAGCUGUCGCUGGCUCUCAUCACAGUGCUAAAUGAGUAUGAGCAGAGCAGGGAGUCAACACGCGUGUCCAGGGAGGAGCACGGUUACAGAGUCCGAGUCCGCAGCAACAUCACCCGAGCUCUGACUUCUCUGGAUCUGUCCACCGUCAGCGACAUCCAGCAGACCUCUGCAGCUCUGGCCCAGUGCACGGCUGUCAGUCGAGAGUUUAUCUGCGAGGAGUGUCAGAACAUCACUUUAAACAAGCUGGAGUCCAUGCUGGAGAUCCUGCAGACUGACACCAAGCAGGGUGUUGUCACCCCUACUGAGAUCGGAGACAACAUUUUGAACAUAAUGGGGGAUCUGAUUCAUCAGGUUAGCCAGUCAGCCUCCCAGUCUACCUUCCAUUCUGUGUACGUGGACUCGCCCCCGCCCUCCUCUGCCUUCUCCACUGAUGAAGAGCUGGUGAACAUGUUGGACUCCUCCCCUGCUUUCCUGGAGCCCCACCCCCUGCAUGUGGCAGCAAAGGCCUUCAGCCUGUCCUCUGUCCUCAUGCUGAUCCUCAUGCACGCCCGCGUGCUCAACGAGGAACCCCUGAUCCUCAGAGGGGCGGAGAUCGCAGCUACAGGAAAACUUGCAGACCUUCAGAGUCUGCUCUGUUACCACGGCAACAACAGUCCAGAGUGUCAACGCUUUUCCAUCCCCAGAGCUUUCAACAGGAGUCUGGGGAAAGCAGCAGCAGGGAGCAGCAUCAUGCAGCUCCUCUUCCAGGUGGAUUCCAACCCCUUUCCCUUCAACUACGUCCCCAACUACGCUGUCUCCACUGAGGUGGCCUCCAUGGAGUUUCGCACAGAAAACGGCACCCAAAUCCCGAUCUCCGGACUGGAUGACAGUCUGGCCAUCACUGUUGCCAUCAACAACAGCAGCAGCACCGAGAGCGGCGCUGAUGGCUCGCACUCCGGGGGGGUCCCUGCAGCAGCUAACAUCAGCCACUGUGACUCGGUGGUUGUCAGGGUCAGCUCUGGAAACACCAACAGACGGGCUGGGUUGUUCGUGCAGCUCAACUUCACAUGUUUGCCCGAUCCAGAAGACGAGGAUGGGAGGCGGAUGCUUAGGGAGGAGCCAUACAUCAACGCUUACCUACACACCCAUGAGCGCCCCAACAGGUUCAACUGCACAGAGAGUAAACGGAUCACGCUCAGCAUGACACGGGGCUCAGACCACAGGAAGUACACCUUCUUCCUGUCUCCAGAGUCCUACGACACCACGCUUGACUACUUCAUCAAUGUCAGCACGCCCUGCCACCCAGACUCUGCCCCCGCCGGCGUGCAUCUGGAGGUGGGGGUGUUCACCGCCCUGUGUCAGUACUUCAGCGAGAGUGAGCAGCAGUGGCGCACGGACGGCAUGGUGCCGCUGGCAGAGACCAACUCCAGCCGGGCUGUGUGCCGCACCCGCCACCUCACUUCCUUUGCUGCGGGGCUCUUUGUCUCGAGCAACGCCGUGAGCUUCAGGGCGCCGGAGAGUCCCGGAGGGGGCAGCCUCUUUGUGCUGUUGCCCUGCCUGCUGGGUUUGCUGAGCUAUGUGGUGGCUGCCGCCAUCUUACGCAAACUGGACCAGCUGGAGCUACGGCGUGCCGCCGUGGUUCCUCUCUGCGGACAGGAUGGACUCUUCAAGUAUGAGAUCCAGGUUAAGACCGGCUGGGGCCCCGGAGCAGGAACCACAGCUCAUGUGGGCAUCAGUCUCUACGGCAGGGGGGGGCGCAGCGGGCACCGCCACCUGGACAGCAAAGGAGCAUUUGCUCGGAACGCGCUGGACAUCUUCCACAUCGCCACGGACAGCAGCCUGGGCAAUGUGUGGAAGAUCCGGGUGUGGCAUGACAACAAAGGUCUGUCUCCAGCGUGGAUGCUGCAGUACGUCCUGGUGAAAGACCUGCAGACAGGAAGCAGCUUCUUCUUCCUGGUGGAGGAGUGGCUGUCUGUGGAUAAUGAGCGGACAGGUGGACGGGUGGAGAUGGAGGUGGAGGCCUCAGAAGAGGCGGUGCUCCGGCAGCUGCCCCGCCUCCUGCGCUGUGAGCUGCAGAGGGCGCUGUGCGAGAGUCACCUGUGGCUGUCACUGUGGGCGAGGCCCCCCCGCAGCCCCUUCACGCGCCUGCAGAGGGCCACCUGCUGCGCGCUGCUGCUGCAGCUGCUGCUGUUGGCCAACGCUCUGUGGUACGGCGCCGUGUUGGACCUGCGCUUCAGCAGGGCGGUGUCCAGGCUCUCUCCCUUGGAUGGGGCAACAGUGGGCGUGGUGACCUGCCUGGUGGUGUACCCCCUGUACCUGCUGGUGAUGGGGGUGUUCAGGAUGAGCCGCAGUGAGUGUGUGACGGUGGAGCACGUGCCUCCCCAGGGGGAUCAGGAAUCCGUGGAAAUUGAUGACUUUCUGGAUAACUCCAUGGCAGGAAGCUCGUUCCUCUUCUUCAAUGGCGAGAGCAACUCAGAGGAAACCAACGUGGAUUUAGGAACCCCCUCCCUAAAAAGCGUGGACAGCUGGGACGCACCGGAGGACGAGGACUGGCCGGAGCUGCAGAGCAACACAUCUGUCGUAGGAGGGGCGGGGCAAUGGGGGGCAGGGAUGCCCAGGCUGAAGAGGGCUCAGGGGAGCAGACACCUGGGAGUUGACAUGACCUUCAGCCCUCAGGGGGGGGCCAUUGCGCAGCACAACAAGCAGUUUACCUCAUCCGAUGAGGAUCUGAUCAAGCACAUCCUGGCAGACGGGCAGAACUUCUUCCCUCAGGAGGAUGAGAGCGAGAUGGCCGAUCUGUCAAGUAUUUUUGGAGAUAAGACUGAAGUGAUCCUCCUCCAAAAGCUGAGUGACCCUUUGCCCAGGGAAGCUUUCAGACGGGACCCCCCCAAGACUGCCUUCACUUCAAAUACAGUUGUGACGGACGUCUGUCGCCCCCGUCGUUUCCCCCCCUGGUGCGGACGUGUUGCCAUGUGGGGCAGCUGGGCAGCGAUCGCUGUGGCCAACGCCAUCUCGAUGUGGGUGGGGCAAGGCUUCAGCCACAAGGUGGCCACCAUGUGGAUCCUCUCCUGCCUUGCCAGCGUGCUGUGUUCCUUCCUGCUGCUGGAGCCGCUGAAGGCGUUUUGCGAGGCCGUGUACUUCACUGUGUGUGUGCGGCGGCUGCGCCCGGAGGACCAGGACGUGUUGGUGGAGUUCCCCCAAGUGGAGCGAGUCGUCCAGCGGGUCACCAGGGUCAGACCACCUCAGGGCUUCGCUCUGUCUCAGGCUCGGAACCAAGCGCGCAAGAUCCACAUGCUGCACAGCAUGCUGAAGAACUUCCUGUUUUACAUGUUUUUCCUGAUGGUGGUUCUGCUACUCAACUACUCUGAUUUGGAGACAGCCGCUCACAGUUUGAGACUGCGGACGCAGCUCCAGAGAGCCUUCCAAAGCCCAGAGCGUGGCGCCGUCGGCAGUCGGGACGAGGUUCUGCCGUGGAUCAGCAGCACUUUGCUGCAGCGACUUCUCCGAGAUUCAUUGCUGCUCAGAGACACGGGAAGUGUCUUAGUUGGUGCGCCGAGGCUCCAACAAAUCCAAGACACUCAGGCUGCUCUCAGUUGGGGAGGAGAACCCUCUGUGUGGACCAGGAACUGGUUUCCCAAAAGAUUUUCAGAGAGCAGGCCAGAGUUUGCUGGUUUGGAAGCAGAUGGGGAGACACCAGUGGGUCUAACAGGGAUGUAUGACAGUGGAAAUGAGGUUCUGCUCCUCAACAGAAGCCUGCAGGAGGCCUGCUCUUCCUUACAGCAGCUGCAGCAGUGGCGCUGGAUCAACCACAGAACCCAUGCUGUGAUCCUGGAGUUCUCCCUCUACAAUAUUAACACCAACUUGCUGGCUAUCUUCACCUUCCUGUUCGAGUUCCCGGUUUCGGAUCGUGCUCAGAACAGCCUCCAGUUGGACGUUGUGUCCCUCUGGCCAAUCAAAGGGCUGGACAUGCAACUGCUCCUUACGAUCGUCCUCCUUGGCUUGGUUGUGUACUUCCUGGUUAGGGGAGUCCUGGGCGUCCUCAGAGAAGGACACAGGUACCUGCUGUCGGCAUGGAGGCUCCUGGGAUUGUGCAAACUGUCCGUGGCCGUGUGUGUUUGCGGGCUGCACUUGAGCCGCUGCGUCACAGCCGGCCAGCAGUGGGAGCUCUUCCUGAAGCAGCCCCAGAUCAGCUUCACAGACUUCCACCCCCUCGCCCAGAAGAGCCAGCUGUUUACUGUCAUGGCCGCCAUGCUGCUGUUCGUCUUGGUGUUGAAGGCAUCCCAUCAGCUGCGCUUCCUCAGAGAGUGGGCGGUGUUCGGCCGGGCUUUGCGCCACUCUGCCUUGGAGCUGCUGGCCAUCUCCUCACUGCUGAUGAUGAUGCUGCUGGCGUUUGCACACGUCGGACUCCUGCUCCUUCACUCCGUUCUGGACGGGUACAGCAGUUUCCUGUCCACGUGUCUGUCUCUGCUGAGGGGGGGCAAGCACAUCUUGCUGUGGCAGCACCCUGAACUGUCCAUGAGUGGCCCCUCCUGCACGCCGGCGCUGCUGCUCCACAUGGGCUUCUGCUUGUGUCGUCUGGUGCUGCUCUGGCUGCUGGUGUCAGUUCUGCUCAGGAAUUACCGGCGCGCCCGGGCUGAGCUGUUCCGGCCCGCCGCAGACCUGCAAGACCACCAGAUGGUGGAGCUGUUCCUGAGGAGGCUCAAGAUGUGGAUGGGGCUGAGCCGGACCAAAGAGUUUCGCCACAAAGUCCAUUUUGAAGGAUUGGAGCUGCCCCCCUCUCGCUCAUCCUCCACCAGUGACUGCAAGUCUCUAUGCCUGCCUCCGUUGGACAGCCCAGACUGCCCCCCCACCCCAGACAGCGUUGACGCUAGUUCCGAAGCUUCAUGGCGCUCCGCCUCCUCCAGUCCCUGCAACCUAACCGAAGCCCCAGGCAUUACCCACAGUCUGAUGGCAGGGUUAGGGGUCGGCUCAGCGGUUGUGGGAGGGGGCACCAGCUGGAGGGAGAGGGCAGAGACUGAGGCUUCUCUAAGGAGGCUUCUCCCAACGCUGGAUGCCCUAUUGCAGCAGCUGGACCGAGUCACCAUGGCAACAGAGGACCUGUACCACUUCGAGUGUAAGCUGGAACGAGCACAUCGGAAGAGGAGGGGGGCCAGGAGGAGACAAGAGGACAAUCUGUCAGGGAGGGGGCAGGCAAGGUACAGCAUGACUGGGGAGGGCUGGAGAGAGGAAAAGAGAGGGGGGCAGGAAAAGAAGGGCAAAGGCAAAAUGACAGGAAGAAGUGAACCUUUCAGAGAGGGAGGGGCCACUGCAGCCAACCCCAAGAAGACUCCCGCAGCCACGCCUGUUCCUUUCAUAAAGACCAAACCUGCCUCUGCUCACACCCCAAUCGCCAGAUCUGCAGUUGCCUCCCCACCAUCCAAACCAGCUGUAGAUAAAUCCACACAUACCACCCCCCCACCACCAGGAAAUUCCUCAUUUUCUCACUUGCCACCUAAAACAGCGAUGUCCAGUCGUGUCCCCACCCUCUCCCCAACAUCCACGCCUGGACCUGCUCCAGGUGUUGAAGACUUGGACCCCCCCACAGACCGAGAGGCCGUGCCCCAGUCAAAUUUAUUUAAUCAUCCCAUUCACACCAGCACCCUCCCCACACGCAAAAGGAAACGGAAAGCCCCCCACCUCAAAAACAAAGUGCACCCGACCUAGAUGGAGGGGAUCUGACUUGGAAGGACUUUGAAAUUGGGAACUUUUGGGGGGCGGGGGGUCUUGGGACAGCUGGUCUGGCCCUAACGUUCCUUAAAUCCUCCCAAUUACCCAGGGGAGGGCACAUGUAGACUCUGGAGGUCUCCGUUCCACAGGGUGCUGGUUACCAUAGAAACAAAACCUGGA